AUGGGCACCUAUCUCUAUGGGCGCCUAUCUCUAUGGGCGCCUAUCUCUAUGGGCACCUACCUCUAUGGGCGCCUAUCUCUAGAGGCGCCUAUCUAUAGGGGCGCCUAUCUCUCGGGGCCCCUAUCUCUAGGGGCGACUAUCUCUAGGGGCACCAAUCUCUAUGGGCGCCUAUCUCUAGGGGCGCCUAUCUCUAUGGGCGGGCGCCUGUCUCUAGGGGCGCCUAUCUCUAUGGGCGCCUAUCUCUAUGGGCGCCUAUCUCUAGGGGCGCCUAUCUCUAGGGGCGCCUAUCUCUAUGGGCGCCUGUCUCUAGGGGCGCCUAUCUCUAUGGGCGCCUAUCUCUAUGGGCGCCUAUCUCUAGGGGCGCCUGGGCGCCAAUCUCUAGAGGCGCCUAUCUCUAUGAGCGCCCCUCUUUACGGGCGCCUAUCUCUAGGGGCACCUAUCUCUAGGGGUGCCUAUCUCCAGGGGCGCCUAUCUCUAGGGGCGCCAUUUCUAUGGGCUCCUAUCCCUAAGGGCGCCUAUCUCUAUGGGCGCCUAUCUCUAGGGGCGCCUAUCUCUAGGGGCGCCUAUCUCUAUGGGCGCCUACCUCUAUGGGCGCCUAUCUCUAGAGGCGCCUAUCUAUAG